AUGUAUUCGGAAUGGAGCGAGAUCCAGGUAGCCGAGGAGGCUCGACAGAGGUCCUCUUCCGUUCUGGCGAAGUUCCCAAGUGCCUCCAGCGGGGCUGUGGUCGAGGCCGUAGUCCAGUCUCUGGCGCAUUCCCUUGGUCUGAGUUCGGGCACUCCCGAAGUCAGCAACCUCCACACUGAUGUCGAAGUCAACUGGUGUAUGGAGGUGAUGUGUCACGGUCUCAACCUUUCCUUGAAGGAGAAGGAGCAUGAAGCAAUCAAAAACUGUGUUCAUGUAUAUUGUGAAUGGCUCGUUGCGCUCAUACCCGACGAAGCAAAGAUUUGUGUGCCUCGACCCGUCAUCUUGGGAGCGAACCAGUAUUCACGGAGGAUCCUCUGGCAUCUCUACAAUCUAUUCUCGCCGAGGACCCAGGAGCAGGUGACGUCGGAUGUCGCGUCCCGUCAAGCGCUCCUCUGCCAUCGGGUGCUUCGAAGGGUGCAAUUCAUAGCCACGAAAAGUCCGAUCCUAGAGCAGGAAACCUGGCAGGAAAUCCUUUCAUUCCUCCUUGCGAUCAACGAUGUUAUGCUUUCGGAUCGACAGUGUAAAGACGCGGACACCGAGGCGCAUUUGUGCGAACGUCUCCUGGGUGUCUUGUUUCAAGUGUGGUUGAUGGCCUGCCAUCGAUCAAGCUUCCCGUCCCCGUCAUUCUGGAAAACGCUACAAGGCCUUUGUCUACGUUGGAGACAUCGACAGAUUCUGAUCGACCAAUGGCGAAAGAUCCAACUGAUCAUGACCGGCAAACUAUGCCGUGAAAUCCUCGACAGUGAAUACCCUCAAGUCAAAAUCGAGGAUGGUGACAAGGAAUAUCCGUUGGUGCCGACCGAUAUGAGCGGCGAGCGUCUUGGACAAUCUUGGUAUCGCAUGUUGCACACUCUCGGGGAUCUCUCCCAGCUGGCGAAGGACCAGGGUUCCGUGAACGGCACCUUGACGCACCUGAGUCAGGAGCUCCACGAGAACGAAGCACAGAUUUUCUACCGGACGAUGGCUUCGAUAUCGUCCUACGUCGACGUGUGGCUGGGACGGUAUUCGGAAGAGAACGCGUACAGAUUACUUCUCCCAGCGAGCCAGAGCGCCAACUCGUCGAUGUCGUCGUCGACGAAUCUCUCAGCCGGACCUCCCACCCCACCUACGCUACGGAAGAACAAACAGAAAGCUGGUCAGAAACUCCACAUUCCACAACUCAUCCAACACAAGACUCCCUCGACCGUUUCUCCCGUCGUCACUCCGACCGGAGCCGUCCAGACCCCCACCUUUCCCGUUGAAAAACCCACCGAACGCUUCAAUACGGGAUUGAACGUCACCCGACGUCUGACUCUUCACCCGAAACGGCCAACCGUGAACUCGCUCCUGCAUCUCUACGGUCAUUGGCUUUUCGAGUCGUCGUACGUCCAGGCGUCGGACGGCGAGAGCUCGUUUCUCGACUCGGAGACCGAGUCCAUUCAAAGUCAGUCGAGUCAACACGAUCCCUCUGCGAAAUCGUUCUCGGACAGCGACUCGAUGUCGGACUCCCAUCUGGGUCUGUCGCCGAGCUGGUCGUUCGAAUGGGGACAAGCCGAGGCCUUAGGAACAUUGUGUAAAAUUUUCAGCUCAAAAGCUUCCGACGAAGGGCUGCUGAGCGUGUAUUUAGCUAGAUUCUUCAUAGCGUUGAAACACGCACUGAGUUCGCAGCUGCCCCAAGAAGCCCCGAGUAUUGUGACGUGCAGCGUGGUGGCGCAUUCAGCGGAUCUCUUCAAGUGCGAUCUAGAGAGCGCGGCUCUCCUGGUGCCGAGUUUCGUCAGCGCCAUCGAGAACGUCCUCAUGCCGCCCCAAGUUCGCUCAAGUUCUGCACACCUGCCCACGAGUCCAGUCCCUGAGAACCUUCUGCACAAUUCCGCCAUUUCUAUUCUUCAGAGUUUGCUACCGUUGACUGUGCAUAGCAGCUCGCUACAAAUUCGCGAUCAAAACAACAGACUUGUGUCGUUAUCUUGUUUCCGAGCUCGACUCCUCCGCCUCCUUGUGAAUUCGCUGACCCACGAGCUGGACUCGUUGAAUACGCAAACCCUUCUACAUAGCCUCAUGUGUGCCGUUCUCGAUCAGGUCGAAUACGACAGCAGCAUAGCCGCCAACCCGCCACCAGGCAGCAUCAAGGACGACGCCGUAUUCCAGGACAACCAUCUUCUUUUCGUAGCCAUUAAAUCCGUCUGUCAAAAUCUGACGUCUUCUUGGAAAAACGACACCUCGAUCGUUCUCACUGCGCUCGAGGUGCUAACGGUUUUCGCGAGACUGCACAUCACGGAUUUCGCAAACCACAAUUAUCGCGAGUAUCGGCAGUGCGUGGGUUGGCUUUGCGAUCUGAUUGUGUGGCAGAGCCAUCGACCUGCCAAAGAUCAUUCUAAGGAACUGCAUUCUACGAUCGUCGCCGCAUUCGGCUGUCUCACCGUCUGGCUGGCCGAACACGCGGGACUCUUCUGCGAUCAGGACACGAUACACACAGUUAUGGAAGUCAUCGAACUGGGUAUAUCGGGCAGCAAAAGUCAGGCCAAAUCAACAGACAUUCCACAGCUCAAACAAAACAAAGAACGGAAACCGCUUUCGAAAAGAGUCCUGCAAGCUGCCGAGGCGGUUCUGUCCGCCUUGAUGGACCACGUGGGUUACUUCCCCAACGCAGCAGGACCCGAGUGUCCGGUGAGUUCGCUGCUCGACGAGCAGGCAUUGCUCAAGGACCGGCCGAGCGCCAAGUUCCGUUACUUCUACACGCAGAGCCACGCGCUGAUCGGUGUGCUCGAGGACCCGAUCCACGCCCCGCCCACGAGCAAUCCAUCGUUGACGCUCCUCGUCCGUGCCCCUUUUGGACGGCACGUCUGGGCGAUGCAGCUGAGCAACGUUCCACAGAGUAAACUGUCGCUCCUCAACCAAGCCCCCGCUCAACACCGGGGUCCUGCGCUGUUUCCGAUGGUGCUACCUCGGUAUCAACUCAGCUUGCCGAAUAAGGAUCAGCUGGCGAGCCUUCAGAAGAAAUUGCCAGCCUAUUUCCCUCCGAAAACUGCCGAGAUCCCUCCGUGUGAUAUCGAGAAAACUAUCAUACCCGAUCCAUGGAACAUGCCGGACAACACGAUCAGCAGCAAUUUGUUGAGCAUGGUCGAAUCGCAAACGAAACUCGAGGCUUCCUGUAGACGCGAAGCGCUCCAGAGACCCACCAAUAGGCCUUGCCGACCCCCGUCGAAUCAGACAUCAUUCCAGACGGCGCGACUCUUCCUCAUGCACUUCGGAUUCUUGGCUCCGCACGAGGGAUCGGUCAAGCCUUCACAAUCACUGCUCCCGAUGCCGAAUAGCGACGAGCUCUCGAAACAACUGAUGUCUCUCGAUCAGCUGUCUGCGCGGACUGCUGACACCGUCCACAUAUUCUACAUGAAGCGGGGUCAAACAGAGGCAAGGGAGAUUCUGGAAAACGCCAAAAGUUCAAGUCGGGUGCAUCCGCUCUACUUGGAAUUCCUCCGAGCUCUGGGCUGGCCGGUCGACGUGGUCAUGCACAUAGGAUGGACGGGGAACUUCGAAACCUCCUGGAAAAUCUCGGGUGAUAUGGACUUGCUUGAUCUUCCUUCGAAUCAUGGCGGCUCGCUGUAUGACGGCACGCAUCAAGUUCUCUACUGGGCGGAUGUGCUUUCGGAGAUGGCUUUCGUCGUACCCACACACCGAGAAGGCUCGCGGAGACCGUCGACUUCAUCCCUGGAUAAAACUCCAUCCCCGCCGAAGGAAAGCUCCGAAGGCAAAACGCCCCCUGAGAAACCGCCAAGGUCCAACAUGACGUUGAAUCUCGACAAGUCCAAAUCAGCCCCCCGAUCCAUCGUCCCCUCGACAUUCGAGGUUAAAGUUAUGGUUGUCUGGUUGGAGAGCUUCGAAGACCACAGCAAAUUCCCACUGGAUCAGCUGCUUCCCUUCACCGACACGGGAAUGUCGAACUCUCAGAGAACGACGGACGUUCUGAUUAUCUUCGUCACCUUGCUUCAGAGCGGUUUGUUCCGUCUCAAGGUCGAAAGCAAAGCCGCGAAUCGAGCGAAUACUUCGCUGAUCCCCGCGCUCGACGGUCUGAUCGUCAGUCGUCGCACUUUGGGAAGCGUCGUCCGCAAUAUCGCGCUGAAUCUCUGCAGGAGGAGACGUCUAGAUGCUGACCCCGAGUCAUGUCCAGCACCACACGUGAAGCGACGCGCCAAGAUCCAGGAGAUCGGCACAAAAUUCAGCGAGGAACUUCCUUCGGCGGAGUUCUACUCAUCGCUUUUCGAACGCCAUCAGACAGCCGCGGUGGAGACUUCGUGAUUCUAGAACAUUCCUGUGAAGGUGUUAUCUUAGAGAAAUUCUCUUUUCAGAGGCCGAGCCUCAGGGUCACGCCGUGCGUGCCAAAGUACUUACGUGUUGUUGACGUGAGAACAAUGCAAUCUUGAACAAAGUAGAUGCGAACGACGCGCUCCAGUGAAUAAUGUCACAAGAUAU